UGAUUUGAAGACUGCCAACAUUUUCCUCACCAAGUCCGGGGUGAUCAAGGUUGGUGACUUCGGGAUUUCCAAAAUGCUGACCACCAAACAGGGCGGUGCCCACACUGUGCUCGGGACUCCGUAUUACAUCAGCCCAGAGAUGGGAAGUUUUGCCCCGAUCAAAGGACCUUACUCGCCAUUGCUCAAGCAAUUAGUUCGGGAUAUGUUGCAAAGAGACCCGGAAUUCCGACCCUCGGCCACUGAAAUAGACAUAGCAGCAGACGGUCUAAACAAGAAUCAGAAGCAACCGAGAAUUGGUUACAUUUACUUGGGGCGAAGGGAAGAAAGGACAAUUGGGACACGGGGUUAUCGAAACCUGGAGGUCGAAACCGACGUGCGUCGAAUCGCUGAAAGAGAAGGCAAUUACGAGGUCAUUUUCAUCAAAUGCAUUUCUAAGGAAGUCGCAGUGUCCCGAACUCACGUCAUCGUGCUGACAACAGAAGGAUUCAGUGCGUUUGCUAGUGACAGUGGAAUCGUCAUGACCUGUGGAGAAGGAAAUCAGGGCUGUUUGGGCCACGGCGACUGGAAUUCGUCAGCAAAACCCAAAUUGAUUCAGCAACUGCUGAGUGUCAAUGUCUGCGGGAUUGCUUGUGGCAGUAACCAUGUUGUGGUUGUUGGUGAACAGGGCGACCUCUAUGCGUGGGGAGUCGGACUAGGCGGACGACUUGGGUUGGGUCAUGAGGACGACUGUUGUGGACCUCAAGAAGUACCUUUUCCAGGGGAUGAAAGGGACCAAGCAGAUGCAAUGCCCAACAACAACAAGAAGCAACCUCAUCAGGAUGGACAAGAAGAUCCAGCUCAAGUAAGGCAGAAUCUCCAUGGAGGAUCAGGGUCACAACCAAAUGUUCCUUCAAGAAUGCAAAACCUAAUUGGCUCUGGUAACAGUGGCAAUGCCAAUUCCAGGCUGGAGAAUUCCUUGUCAAGUUCUUAUCCAGAAGCAGCAUACAUGGGAGGCACCCCAAGAGACACUCUAUCACCCAACCAAAAUGAUAUGCUUCUAAAGGACUCUAACCUUGAGCCCCAAGAAGUCUUAGUACUAUAUGCUUCCCCAGCCCAGGUUCAAAAGGGAGAAACAGUCAAUUUAGCUGGGAUUCAUUGUCAAAACCAAAAUAUAUUCUUGGUGGUUGACACAACUGUGCCAAUACCUAGGGUACCACCCCCUGGAGUUGCCAAUGCAGGUCAAGUUUCAAGAACUUUUGCACCAGAUGAAAAAUCUGGUCUGACACAUCCAGCUGACAUUACUGAGCCUGAUGAAGAUGAUCUGGAUGAUCUGGAAGAAGGAAGACGUUCAAGAGCUAGCAGAAAACACAGUUCAGUUUCUCAAAAGUCUGGAAAGUCAAGGGAUGAUUUCUUGAAUGACUCAUACGGUCCUAUGCCUGAGUGGCUCAGAGAAGAAUUGAAAGAACCAAGACUUGAAAUUCCAAAAUCUCAACCCAUGAACAAAGUGGCUUCAGCUGACGAUCUCGGAAAAUAUUAUUCAGAGCACCUGCCUGGAUCACCAUCCCCCGACGUGGGCAUGCCAAAGUUUCCAGUGGAAAAACAGAUGUCGCUGAAGAACCCGGAACCCAAACCAUGGGAUCCUCAAAUGCUGACGGAUGCCCCGAGUCCACAACACAGAAGACGAUUUUCUGCACCCGGAGACAUUCACAAGAAAAUUGCACUUGCGAACAAGGCCUUGCUGCAAGAAAAAGCAGAACAUAAUACUGACAGAGAGCGGGAGCUGCGGCAGGAAAUCUUGAAUCUCCAACAAGAACUUGAGGUA